GCUUCAGUCGUGACAGGUUGUCCAGCUUCUUACAGCUAUCUUCCCUCAAAACAUAAAGUUAACUUUUAUUUUUUGACUGAUGGAGUCAGUUAUUUGAAGUUAUUUCAGUGCCAAAGAACCUGAAGAAGCACCAUCACUUUGGUUACUUUAAUCUCUUACUUAGGAAUCAUUGCCACUGUGCCAGAGUGCCAGAGUUGGAUUUCAACAUCUGGAACAAUUAGAAAAGCAUGCAAGACAAUACUUCUGAAUCUUCAACUUCAAUAACUCAACUUCUGAGAGAGAGUUAUUUAGCUGAAAACAACCAUCAAGGUAAUAGUGAAAGGAGUAGAUCAGAAUCUUCUCUGCAUUCUGUCCAUUCUGGGAGUACCUCCAGGUCUUCUGAUGAGGUAACUGGCCAGGAUGAACUUCCAGAUCUUUCUGCCUUUUUGAGCCAAGAAGAGCUAGAUGAGAGUGUCAAUUUGGCCAGACAAGCUAUCAAUCAAGAGCCACCUGAGAACAGCCAAGAAGAAGAACAGCAGGUCCACGUGUUCUUACCCUCCGAGUUGAAAAACUCUGAAAAUAUUAUUUCAAACAAGCAGAAGUGCCAUCCUACAGCUUUACCAACUUCAGGCAACCAUCCGAAGAAGCAGCCAUUUGGAUCAGAGACAGAAUCAAAGAAAGAGUUGCUCGACAAGGCUGCCAAUUUUAUUGAGGAGCUUUCUUCUCUUUUCAAAGCACACAGUUCAAAAAGAAUCAGACCCAAGACAUGCAAAAACUACAGGAGCAAACACAAGGCCAACCAAGACAAUUUAUCUGAAAACAGGGAAAGGCCUUGUGUCCCAAUAUCUCAAGAGUCAGAUCAAAUUGAGCCAUCACUGGAAAACCCAGCUUAUCCUCAACAGGCAGAUGUGGAAGCGGUCCAUACAUUAGAAAAUCCAGAAUUAAGCAUAGAGACAUCAGCUGCACCUUUUUAUUCCGAGGAGCCAAUAGGUCAACCGCCACAUUUUACCCAAAAACUGAAAAGCAGAGAGGUCUCUGAAGGAACCAAAGUGCAGUUGGACUGCAUUGUAGUAGGAAUACCAACACCUGAAAUCAGGUGGUACUGUGAAGGGAAAGAGCUUGAAAAUUCACCAUAUAUUCAGAUCAUCCAAUCAGGAGAGCUACAUUCACUAAUUAUUGUUGAAGCUUUUGAAGAAGACACUGGGCGUUAUUCUUGCUUUGCAUCCAACAUCUAUGGGACAGACUCAACGUCUGCAGAGAUUUAUGUAGAAGGGGCCUCGUCUUCAGAAUCUGAAAGUGACAACGGCAAAGAAGAAAUGGAUCGGUAUCAAAAUCAGACUAAGACCUCAUCCACUGCACCUCCUCCUGCUCCUCUUCCUCCCACUCCUCUUCUUGUGAAUUCUUCUGCAACCCAUCAAGAAGCCAUUCAAACACAACCUUUGAUGAAACAUCCUGUCUCAGUUCCUGUGUAUCAGAAUCAGAGCCCUACUAAUUAUUUACAAGGACUGGAUGGAAGACCCCUAAUAGCUGCUCCUGUGUUCACCAAGAUGCUACAAAAUAUAUCAGCCUCUGAGGGUCAGCUGGUCGUGUUUGAAUGCCGGGUGAAAGGAGCUCCUUCUCCAAAAGUGGAGUGGUACAGAGAAGGGACAUUGAUAGAAGAUUCUCCAGACUUUAGAAUAUUACAGAAAAAACCUCGCUCCAUGGCUGAACCGGAGGAGAUCUGCACUUUGGUCAUCGCUGAAGUCUUUUCAGAAGAUUCAGGAAGUUUUACAUGCACAGCAAGCAAUAAAUAUGGGACUGUCUCCAGCUCAUCUCAUCUCAUUGUUAAAGGGCCUGUGGACCAGACAAGUAAUGCUGCUCUUCAUACCAUAAGUUCUCUCAGUUUAGUGGCUUCUGAACGCCAGCCUUCAGCAUCUACCCCUUCAGCACUUUCAUUGAUAGAUAAUCCUCCAAAACCUAAAUUGGAAAGCGUUCUGGUAAAUCACAAUGAGCCCCGGUCAAGUUCCAAAAUUGGCCUUCGUGUGCACUUUAACCUCCCUGAAGAUGAGAAGGGAAGUGAAAUGUCAUCAGAAGAUGGAGGCGGACCUAAAAGCCAAGCCAGACCAAACAGUUUUCCAAACAGAAUCAAUGGACAGGCUUUUAAACUUCAGGAGCCUUCUUCACCCUCCAAAGAACCACCACCCGUCCUGGCUAAACCUAAACUGGAUGCCACCCAGUUAAAACAACUACACAAUCAGGUGUUGUUUGAGCAACAGCAAAUCCAUCAACCGUCUCACCCAGUUCCACCAGAGUCAUUAUUCAAUACUGGCCCAGGAAAAUCUGCUACUCUGCCCAUUCAGCAGCAGCACCAGAAGCAACCUUCAGGAGCUACAUACAAGCAGAACAAGGUUCCUUCUACCCAGACAUUCACAUACACCCGACCUAAACAGUUCCUGGCAUCUCAAAACACCUCAGCAGCCAGUAGCCCUUUUAGCUCCACUGUGUCUUCUUUCAGCAAUGUACCUCAAGGAACCCAGAAAAUGAUGAAAAAGGAAAACCUCUUAGUAUCUCCUCCGCCAGCCCAAUCAAAAUCCCCAGGAGGGUUGGCAAACCAAACGGAGCAGCCUCUUCCAAGUCCCAGAGAACAUGUGUUGCCACCACUUCUGCUCUCUGUGUCUAACAUGAACCAGUUCCAGCCCCAAAAUGUGCUUGCUACACCUCUGUCUCCUACUGGUCGGAUUCAGAAUCCCGUUGCUUUCCUGAGUGCUGUUCUACCUGCGCUUCCUUCUACACCCCCAACAAAUGCCAUGGGUCUGCCUAAAUGUGCACCUGCUGUGGGCAGCCAUGGAAUGCUGAAAAAAACCCUCCACCCUUUGCAGUCAUCAUCAACAGAGGAUGCCAUGAAAGACGACAAAGCCGCCGUUGUGAAAGGUUUAGAGAAACGGCUGCAUUUAUGGAAUGAUGAAUCUUUCCAGAGUCAACAGAAAACAGCCUAUGAUGAAAAUCUGGCUUGCGGGCUACAGGGACCCAGCUCUCAUUCCCCAACUUUCAACUUUACCGCUGAGGAAGUAUCCCAGGAAUAUAAAAUUUCCAACUUUGAGCAGAGAUUAAUGAAUGAAAUAGAGUUCCGGCUUGAACGUACCCCGGUGGAUGAAUCAGAUGAUGAGAUCCAACAUGAUGAGAUCCCUACCGGCAAAUGCAUCGCUCCAAUUUUUGACAAAAGACUCAAGCAUUUCCGUGUCCUGGAAGGAUAUCCAGCUACAUUCACUUGCAAAAUUGUUGGAAUCCCCAUACCCAAGGUAUACUGGUUUAAGGAUGGCAAACAGAUUUCAAAGAAGAAUAGACAUUUCAAAAUGAUUCGAGCGGGGGAUGGAACUUGUUCUUUGCAUAUUGAAACGACUACAAAUGAUGAUGAUGGAAACUAUACAUUCAUGGCUGCAAAUCCUCAGGGAAGAAUCAGCUGUUCUGGUCGUUUGAUGGUUCAGACUCCUCCACUGCGGGGUAGAUUAUCAACAACUAUCCAGUCUCACAGGGGAAGAUCCCGUGUAUCCGAAAGAGAUCGGGAGCCUCUGCAGGAACGUUUUUUCCGGCCAUAUUUCCUGCAGGCCCCUGGGGACAUGGUGGCCCAUGAAGGCCGGCUUUGCAGACUUGAUUGCAAGGUAAGUGGCUUACCACUACCAGAUUUGAUGUGGCUUCGGAAUGGCAAGCCUGUAUUACCAGAUGCCACUCACAAAAUGCUGAUCAGAGAAAAUGGAGUACAUUCUUUACUUAUUGAUCCUCUCAGACAAAAUGAUGCUGGAAUCUAUACCUGCAUAGCCACCAACAAAACAGGACAAAAUUCCUUCAGCUUGGAACUGUCUGUUGUAGAAAAGGAAGUUAAAAAAGCCCCUGUGAUACUAGAGAGACUACAGAACUGUGGGGUGCCAGAAGGGCAUCCUGUCCGAUUAGAAUGUAGGGUAAUUGGGAUGCCACCCCCCAUAUUUUUCUGGAAGAAGGACAAUGAAACCAUACCUCCCCACAGGGAGAGGAUGAGUAUGCACCAAGAUGCUACAGGAUAUGUUUGCCUUUUGAUUCAGCCUGCCAAAAAAAUAGAUGCUGGUUGGUACACUUUGUCUGCGAAAAACGAAGCCGGUAUUGUCUCUUGCACUGCUAGACUCGACAUAUAUGCUCAGUGGCAUCAACAAAUAUCUCAGCCAAUCAAGUUUCGCUCAAGCAGCACCCGGUAUGCACAUCUGAUGGGACAAGGACUUGACAUUUUCUCUGCUUUUUCCCCCGCUGAGAGUCCAGCACGCUUUUCUUCUCCCUCCCAGCCUGUGGUAGAAAGCGAAGAACUGUGAGAAAAAAGGUUCGAAUUCUCCCUGAAAAUAAAGAGAUACUAGAACUGUGAAAGGGAACGGAAAAGACAUGCUGAAACAUUUAAGGUUCACAGCUCAUAUAAUUGAUAAACAGUAAAGAUAUUGAGAGCCAAGAUUUCAAUGCAGCAUCAUACCAUGCGGUAUAGAAUGUACUGCAACAAAUUUUGUGCUGUGUUGAGUUAUUACUCCACGGGUUAUGAAGAAGAGUGACCUAGUUUUCAGUUGUUAAGUAAAAAAGAUGUGUCCAUUUUCCUGCUGAGAUUUUAAGGCAGUUAAACAGGCACUUGGUUAAGAUUUGGAUAGCUGUCUGAAAGGUACCAAGAAGGACAUUUGCAGUGGUAAUCAUUCUGAGGAAGGAGAAACCAAAUGCAGGGGCAUGUGGAAAGGGAAAGACUCUUGAAAAAGUCAAGAUGGCCGUUUCCAUCACUCUCCCAUAACACCAUCUAAUUUUUUGGAUCCCCUACAUACACCCCUAAGUCCCUGAUUUUGAAUACAGUGUUUUAAGGGUGGCUGGUAGUCACAAAACACAGACCCAAUGCCAAAAAAUAAAAUUGUGACUGAUCAGUUUGCUAAGAAUUCAUACAAAUGAAGCAAUUAGCCAACCCAAAAACUAGUUAAGUGUAGCACUUCAGAUAGAAACUGCUUCUAAACAAUAGAAUUUUUAAAAAGUGUGACCUUAUACUCACGAAUCUUGCACCCAAAGAGGGCUCUUAAUAUUAGUGUUAUAAGGUGCCCUAUUGUUAGGCUGCAGGCAUACGCUUACCUUAAAGUAAGUCCACUCAACUAUAAGAGCCUUACUUCUGAGGAAUAUGUAUAGGAUCAUACUGCAAUUAGCUAUAAAACAGCUUACAUACUACAAAGCCCAUAUUAUAGUCAUCCCACAGCUCCCAAUGUUAUAUACAUUUUGAAGCAUGCUUAUUUUUUUCCAUAUUUAGAAAUCAAUAUUUGAACAAAAACAAAAAUGCCUUGCAUGUUGUUUUUGUUUCUUUGGCCUUUAGACAGGAUUUUUCCCUAUCUUCAAAAUUCUACAUAACUUGCAUAUAUUCAUACCUAUUAUCUAAUUGGGUUAGGAUAUUCCCUUUAAAUUAUAGACUUCUUGCAGACCUGGUUGAGUCUGAAUUAUUGCUUUUUUUCCUACUUGGAAAUAAUCCUACUUCCUUUACAACAACUUUGCCUCUAUUUUUCCCCAUUUUGAGCAUCCAGAGGUCGUUGUACCAAGAAUAAAAUUCUUCUGUAAAUGACACUAAUUAAACAAAAAGGAAAUAUCAUUUAGUCCAAACUUAACAAUCAAACUUCCUUCAUUUUGGACAUUGAUUGACCUCCCAUAUUUAAAGCAAAUAAUUAAAAGAGGCCAUAAAGCAAAGAGGUUUGUUAGCAUAUGAUAUACAUCGGUAUAUGCAAUUAACGAGUUUUUUUGCAUUCUGCUUUUAUUCAAUAUUCUAAAUGAAGACCCAUUACAGUUUGAAAUACAUAUUAGCAUUUUUAUGCUUAAGCUAUAACUUAGAUAAAUGAUGCUAAUUUCACUGUGAAAGAAUAAAUUUAUUUCCAUCAGAUUUGCCAGAGACCAUUGUAAUACUGGAUAUUAUUAGCAGUGAAUGAAUAUUCUUUUAAUAUAUUUUAAACAAAGUCUCAAUCCCCUAAAAAUCUACCACCAAAUUGAAAUCCAACUCAGGAUUAAAAUAUUUUGAAUUUUGCACUGGUACUAGGAAUUCACUGGCAUUAAUUGUGGCAUUUUAUAAUCAAAUCCUUCCACAAUAGCCAAACCUAUUUUCUUUUUGAGAAUGUUUCUGGGUGAGAUAGAAAAGGAGAUUUUCUAGGACGCUCUAGUCACCAUACAUUCAGAGAGGGGAAGCCCUGUCUGAAUGACUUUUCCCACUAGCGUCUUCCAUGUGUUUGGGGCUACAGCAUACUGAAAGUUACAAUCCUCGUGUAGCUGGAGAAUUCCACAUUGGAGAAACCAUCAUAAGAGGUAUGUGCCU